AUGGAUGGGGGCAGCGGCCUCAACCUCCUCUACGCUGAGACUCUCGACGCUAUGGGGAUCGACCGUUCCCGCCUCCGUCCCAGCAAGGCACCUUUCCAUGGCGUCGUGCCAGGGAAGCAGGCGACGCCCCUCGGGCAAAUCGACCUGCCCGUUACGUUCGGGACCCCUUCCAACUACAGGAAGGAGGUCCUCACCUUCGAGGUGGUGGGGUUCCGCGGAACCUACCAUGCCAUCUUGGGACGGCCGUGCUACGCGAAGUUCAUGGCUAUCCCCAACUACACCUACCUCAAGCUCAAGCUGCCGGGGCCCAACGGGGUCAUCACCGUCGGCACGACCUUCCAGAAGGCAUACGAGUGCGACGUAGAGUGCUGCGAAUACGCCGCGGCCAUCACUGUCUCGAGCGGCUUGGCGGUCCAGCUUGCGGAGGCCACCGAGGAUCGACCCGACUCCAAGCAGCCGAACAUCUCCUUUGAGCCCACUGAGGGUAUCAAGGAAGUCCCUCUCGAUCCCGGCUGUUCCGACGGAGGGGUUGUGCGGAUCAGCGCGGCCCUAUCCCCCAAAUAG